AUGAAUGAAUACCAUUUAGAGAUCGUUUUAGAAUAUUGUGGAUUAUAUAAAAAUCUUGAAUCCUUUUUAGUUUAUUUCGAUCAAACUAAUGAUAUAAACAAAUGUUUCGUUUAUUCAGCGAUAUUUGAUACCCCAUCCCUUUUGGAAUACCUCCUUUCGCAUGGCGCGAGUAUCAAUGAAAAAGAUAAAUAUGGAGGAACCGCACUUCAUUUUGCGGGUCAGAAUAAUUGUAAAGAAACUGCAGAAGUUCUUAUUUCACAUGGGGCAAAUAUCAAUGAAAAAACUAAUAAUGGAGAAACCGCACUUCAUUUUGCAGCAAAAUAUAAUAGUAAAGAAACUGCAGAAGUUCUGAUUUCGCAUGGUGCGAAUAUCAAUGAAAAAACUAAUAAUGGAGAAACCGCACUUCAUAUUGCAGCAAGGUAUAAUAGUAAAGAAACUGCAGAAUUUCUCAUUUCACAUGGUGCGAAAAAAUAA